UUCCUCCCUUUUGGGGUCGCGCCAAUUUCACUUUCUGUAUCUGGGUAUCCAGAAUUUCAACCGGAAAUCGUUAAAGGGAAGAGCUUUUUCGGUUUUUGUUGGAUCAAUGGCGACAGAGAUGGCACAACCUGACGCUGAAGGGAUCGAUGGAGUUCGUAUGACAUGGAAUGCAUGGCCUAGGACGAAAGUUGAAGCUAGCAAGUGCGUUAUCCCAAUUGCUUCAUCGAUCCAUCUGAUCCGUCCUCAUACUGAUCUUCCUACACUUCCUUAUGUACCUCUCCGAUGUAAAACCUGUACCGCUGUUCUCAACCCUUUUGCUCGUGUAGAUUUCCAAGCCUUAAUCUGGAUCUGCCCUUUUUGUUUCCAGCGUAACCAUUUCCCUCAACAUUAUUCCGGUAUUUCUGAAACUAAUGUACCUGGAGAGCUUUACCCUCAAUUCACUACGAUUCAAUAUACGCUCCCUUCUCAAAACCCACAGAGUUUUAAUCCUAACCCACAAAACCCUUUACCGGAAUCUUCUGUUUCACCGAUUUAUUUGUUUGUUUUGGAUACUUGUAUGUUGGAAGAGGAGUUGGAGUUUGCGAAAUCGGCGUUGAAAAGGGCGAUUGAUAUGUUGCCGGAUAAUGCUAUGGUGGGGUUUAUAUCGUUUGGGACGCAGGUUCAGGUGCAUGAGUUGGGGUUUUCAGAUAUGUCCAAGGUGUAUGUUUUCCGGGGAUCGAAGGAAUUGUCGAAAGAUCAAGUUUUGGAUCAAUUGGGGCUUGGUAGUGCGGGUGGAAGACGGACUGGUGGUGGCCCCGGGAUGCAGAAGGGUGGUGGACAGAUCGGGGUUCCUAAUCUUGGUGUUACUAGAUUCUUAUUGCCUGCUUCGGAGUGUGAAUAUACCUUGAAUUCUUUGUUAGAUGAAUUGAGCACGGAUCAAUGGCCAGUCCCACAGGGUAAUAGAGCGUUACGUUGCACUGGUGUUGCUUUGAGUGUAGCAGCUGGAUUGCUUGGAGCUUGUGUGGCUGGUACUGGUGCUCGGAUCAUGGCCUUAGUGGGCGGUCCAUGCACAGAGGGACCUGGGACGAUUGUGUCGAAAGAUAUAUCAGAACCAGUUCGUUCUCAUAAGGAUCUGCACAAGGAUGCAGCACCCUUUUUCAAAAAGGCUGUCCAUUUCUACGAGGAACUCGCAAAACAGCUUGUUAGUCAAGGUCACGUCUUGGAUGUGUUUGCUUCAGCACUUGAUCAGGUUGGGGUUGCUGAGAUGAAAGUAGCUAUUGAAAAAACAGGAGGAUUAGUUGUUCUAGCUGAAAGCUUUGGUCAUUCUGUUUUCAAAGAUUCUUUCAAGCAAAUCUUUGAAUAUGGUGAACAGUCUCUUGGGCUGUCCUUCAAUGGUACAUUAGAAAUCAACUGCUCCAAGGAUAUUAAAAUUCAAGGGAUAAUUGGACCAUGCACAUCUUUAGAUAAGAAAGGACCUGCUGUUUCCAGCACGGUCACCGGUGAGGGGAAUACUACAGCUUGGAAGCUGUGUGGUCUCGACAAAAACACUUGCUUAACUGUUUUCUUUGAUGUUUCAUCUAGUGAGAAAUCAGACCCUUCAGGCAAUAUAAAUCCGCAAUUGUACAUACAGUUUCUCACGAGUUACCAGAGCCCUGAUGGCCAAACAAAACUACGAGUCACCACCGUUACUAGAAGAUGGGUUGAUGCUGCUGUUAGUAAUGAGGAAUUGGUGCAAGGAUUUGAUCAAGAGACUGCUGCAGUUGUAGUGGCUAGAUUAGCUUCUUACAAAAUGGAGAUGGAGGAAGAUUUUGAUGCCACAAGGUGGCUAGAUCGUAAUCUCAUUCGUCUGUGCUCCAAGUUUGGUGAUUAUCGGAAGGAUGAACCCAGCUCAUUCACUUUGAAUCCCUCUUUUUCAUUGUUUCCUCAAUUCAUGUUUCAUUUACGGCGAUCCCAGUUCUUACAAGUGUUCAAUAAUAGUCCAGAUGAGACAGCAUAUUUCCGCAUGUUGCUCAAUCGGGAGGGCAUAAGCAAUGCUGCUGUCAUGAUUCAGCCAACGCUAACAGCAUUUUCAUUCAAUUCACUGCCUUUCCCUGCUUUGUUGGAUGUGGCAUCCAUUGCAGCUGAUCGCAUUCUCUUGUUGGAUGCUUAUUUUAGUGUAGUUAUUUUCCAUGGAAUGACAAUAGCUCAAUGGAGAAACAUGGGAUACCAGGACCAGCCUGAGCACCAGGCAUUUGCACAACUGUUGCAAGUUCCCCAUGAUGAGGCCCAAGCAAUCAUCCGUGAGAGGUUUCCUGUUCCAAGACUGGUAGUGUGUGAUCAGCAUGGCUCCCAGGCAAGAUUCCUUUUGGCAAAGUUGAAUCCAUCUGCCACGUACAAUAAUGCAAAUGAAAUGGCAGCUGGAUCAGACGUGAUCUUUACAGAUGAUGUGAGCCUUCAAGUGUUCUUUGAGCAUCUUCAGCGGCUAGCUGUGCAAUCUUCUUGACCCAAGAAGAAAGAUGGAGCUUUACUGUUAAUGCUUGUCUCAAUUAUGUGAAAAUCUCAUUGAGUUUGCCUCAUCUAUCCUGCCAGCCUCUUGUCGGAAGUUCAUAAUUUUCUUCCUAUCCUCCGUAAGAUGAGAGGUCAGACCCAGAUAUUAUAUGGAAAACUAAGACUACAUAUGACAUUCUUUCAGGUAUGUGGAGGUACUUUUGCAUCCUAUGAAAAUGAACGGUAACUCGACUCAUUGUUCUCUAUAGUUAUAUUAGAAGGGGGGGUAUGUUUUAAGUCAAAUGGCGUGUUUGCUCCCUCGGGCUGUUGAACGAGAAGAUAGUUUAUGUCGGCGACUUCCUUUUUUUGUUAGUUAUUACCAGGCAAAGAGUUUGUGUCUGCUUUUGUAUUGAAUCAUAGUUGUAGUUUAUUGGAUUAUGGUUUGUAGGAUAGGAAGUUUUUGAAACCAUUUGCUUAUUUUGAAUUUCAUUCAUAAUUUAAGGUAUAUCUCAUAUACAUCUGUAGACCACAAUUUUGCUUCCUUUGUGUCAUUUUAAGUAUCUUGAAGCUUGUGUUGCA